AUGGAGAAUAGCUAUAGACCUGCAGACGGAAAUGAAGAGGGCAGUGAAUGUACGAUGGUUCAAAACAGACUCGGUGUUAGCUAUGUUGCGAAGACUCAGGUGUAUCAACAUAAGGUUGGUGGUCUCACGGUUAAAGCAGUGUCAGAUACUCGAUGGCAAAGUCAUAUUGAGGCUAUUAGAGCAAUACGAUUCCAAGCACCCAAUAUUCAAGAGGCUUUACUUUACUUGUCAGAAUCAAGUGAGUUUACUGCCGAAACAAGAGCCGAAGCUUCUUCACUAUUAGAGGAUGAAUUUGAAAAUUUUGAAUUUAUAGUUGGGAUGGUUGUUUGGCACCAUCUACUGCUUGUGGUUAAAUCAGUUAAUCAAGCUAUAUCUCCACUCACUAGUAGAUUUGAACAAUUUCAAGAGUUUGCAGAAAAAUUUGGAUUCUUAUAUAAUGUUGAUCAGUUGUGUUCUCUUGAUGAUGAUAUUUUAAUGGCUUCUUGUAUUAAUCUUGAAAAUCAUCUGGAGCAUUGUAUGAGUUCUGAUAUUAAUGGGCAUGACUUAUACGCGAAAUUGAAAGUUUUACAAAGUUAUCUGCUAGUCGAAACCGGUAAAGCAAUUGAACUAUUGAAUUUCUUAAAGGAUAUGGAAGGUUGCUACCCGAAUGCGUUUAUUGCGUACCGAAUCUUAUUGACAAUUCCAGUUACAAUCGCCUCCGCCGAACGAAAUUUUUCGAAGUUGAAGUUAAUCAAGAAUUACCUCCGGUCGACGAUGUCACAAGAAAUGUUGAAUGGGUUAGCAAUGUUAUCCAUUGAGAUUGAGAUAUUAAAUAACAUUGAUUUUGAUAGUAUAAUUAAAGAUUUCACGUCGGAAACGGCAGGAAUAUCAAUUAUUAUCAUGAGAUAA